AUGGGUAUAACAUGUUCUUAACCCAAAAAUUCAACUCUGACUCUAACAAUAAGUUAAGAAAAUUAAGAUCCUAAUUAUGAGAUUAAAAAGUUAUUGAGUUAGGAAAGAAUUACAAAACUUCGAAAAACAUUUCCAUCUCCAACUUAAACAUAUGAAUCCUAUUUCCUUAGUUAAAUUAAUAAUGAUAAAACAAUUAAUAUUAAUAGAUGUUGUGAUGAAGAAAAAUUUCAUAAAUCAAGUAAAUUGGGGGUUCCACUUAUUUAUUGA